UUAGUAACGAAGAAGAAGAUUAUCUUGGAGACGUCACAUCUCCGGUGUAUUAUGUGUUUGUUUGUUUUUUUGUCAGAUAGAAGCCGCAUUUUAUUAUAAUUAUGAGUUUUUCUUCAACUAAUUAGACUUAUCUUACCAGCACAUAACCUGAAGAGGUUUGAACAUUUUGAAGUUUGAUACCGCCGAAUAAAAACAAAGAAGAAAAAGGACAUCUGUCAUCAUGACGACCAAGAGUGGCCUUAUAACUGACUCAUUUAAAGUUGUGAAGAAAGCAAGAAGAGUGACAAAAAAAGAUAAGGGACCCAUUGCUCCUUCAUCACAGGACACUGUGACUGAAACAUGCCAACAAGAAGAGCAACAGAAACUGCAACAGUUUGACCUUGACUGGAGAUUUGGGCCCAGUACAGGGAUCAGCAGGCUUCAGAGAUGGGAGAGGGCAAAGGUGCAUGGUUUGGAUCCACCUGAGGAGAUCCGGGACUUGCUUAUACAAAACCAAACUGAUCCAGAGUACAAUCUAAGCUUAUGGCGUGAAUAUCCCUUGUGAGGACCAACAAAGAAGAUCACUUCACUAUCAAGGAUUAUAUGUUAACAUACUUGCACUAAAUGUAUAGAGGGUGUCGCUAAAAUCUGGAAGUAUAGUUUACACAAUACAUUAUACUAAAAAAAACAAUACAUCAAUAAUAAAGUAUAAAAACACAAAAUCAUUGUUUUGAAGAUUAAAAUUAAAUACUAUAACUUGAAUAUAAUAUAAAUAAAUUGAAACAUAUUAAAUAAAAUAAUAAUAAAAAAACAUAUUUAUAUUACAUAGGAUAUAAAUAUAUUAAAUAGAAAAAAAAAUAUUUACAUUUUUAUGAUUGGGUUGUAUCUACAGUAUAUAUCUAUAUCUACCUAUGAUUCCAAACUUAAGAGACAUUCUGUAGUUUCAUACACUACCGGUAUACACAAUUAAAGGAUUUUUAAUACAGCUUGGACAGUUUAAACAUUUUAACAGUCAGAGGAUUAAUCAUUUAGAAACAAUUUUAUCCUUGCAUUUGUAUUCUGCAAUAGUGAAACAUGUCAUAAUCUCUCAUAAGUAUUUUCUAUACCGGUUGUCCUCAUUAAUGUAAGCCAGAGCCUAUCACAGCUGGCUUCAGCUGCUGUGAAAAUAUAAAGCAACUGUCUAUUGUCAGAAAAGUCUAACUUGUACAAAACCGAAAGUUCCUUCCCAGCAGGCAUUAAACAUUGAUGCAAUUUUUUUAUACAUACAUGUCCUUUGAAACUGACUUUGAAACAACGUUGCAAACUAGUUGUAUUUGUAACUUGAGACAAUUUGAUGUCCUAUGUAGGAUCCACAUUGUUGGUUGGGAAAUUACCAAAUUUCAAUGCCCAAACCAAUGUCGCAACCUGACAUUGAAUAAUAAUAAUAAACAUAGUCAAAAAGCAUGUUGUUUCAACAUCGCAUUUGUGUUGGAGAAUAUUUGUUGGUAAAUGACCAAAUUUCAGUGGUCAAAUCAACGUCAGAACUCAACGUCGUCAAAAACCAUGUUGUUGGAACGUUAUGUUUGAGUUGCUCAACGUCAGAACCUAAUUCAACAAAUUCUCAAUGUAGUUUUAAUCUCUUGUGCCUACUGUGUUAUUAUGAUUGUAGUUUUUAGUGCAUUCAAUGCAAGCUUUUAUUGUUGUAGUUCCUGUAUACACGUUUUCUGUGACCAGUGUUCACACCUGGAAGAUGCCCGAUAUGAUCCAAACUUCUAGUGGUUCCUUGUGUAGACAUGAGUUCUCCGUUUCUGUGCUAGUACAUCUUUUUUUAUCUUAUUCCUAGCUUUUACACAUUUCGUGUCCUUCACCUUCUUUUACGGAUUAGUUUUUGUUCCUUGUUUCUCAAGCGUGUUCCUGGACUAACUUGGCUGGCUACUAAAUGGUACAUGAGUUUAGCACUUUUUUACCUUCAAGGUACUCAAAGCGCUUUAACACUAUUUCCACAUUCACACACACAUGGCGGGAGCUGCAAUGCAAGGCCCUAACCACGACCCAUCAGGAGCAAGGGCGAAGUGUCUUGCUCAAGGACACAACGUACGUGACUAAGAUGGUAGAUGGUGGGGAUCGAACCAGGAACCCUCAGGUUGCUGGCACGUCCCCUACUAAAACCCUCUUCACUUCUCGUUUGGAUGUUGAUUGUUAGUUUCAUUUGUAGACUUUUUUUAGAGCUCUCUCUGUGAAUCUUUGUACUUUAUUUUCAACAAACUGCUGUUGUUUGGGUAUUUUGCAUUACCUUAAAUAAAUGGUUUCUGGUU